AUUCUCGACUCUUCCAAUGCAAGACACAAUGCAUAUAUUGUCAUUUCAAAAAUGUAUCAAUUUUUCGAACUCAAGAAGCUUCUUCACUUUUUGGAAUGUUAGUUUUGACAAACGGAGAAUCAAAUUAUUAAUAUGAUAAACUUUUAUUUUAAAAAUAUAUAUAUACAUAUCUAUACAUAAUGUUUGAAAUCUUGCUAAUUAUUAGUUCUAACACUAGCAAUGGCACUCACUAGGAAUUUGAUUCUCCUCGUUUCUACUACUAUUUGCAUCUUCGCUUCCACUUCCAAAUACGGGAGAGCGUACGACGGGGAUCGUCUAGGCGCGGCGGAAGUGAUAGCGGACGACUUCGUGCCGGAAGCGGGAGCCGAGGAAGGAGAGGGAGAAGACGAAGGCCAUGAUCACCCCGAUCAAGUCUUCAUGGAAGCCCUAGAAUGCUUCAACGACAGAAACAUCUACAGCGGCUGCGCCGAGGAAUACAGGCUGACGCGGCACGGGGAGCUGCACGUGCCGCGCGACUGCGCCGACCAAUACUGCGAGGGGCCUUGUCGGAAGGAGACCAACCUCGUACUGGAAUGCAUCGACGAAAUCCUGCACCAUUUCCGAUUCUACAACAAGGCUACUGUUGGCGAUGUGCGAGAAACCAUCAACGCCGCCUGCAGUUAUGGCCCCAAACGAGGCGAUUUCAAUGUUCUUGAGCAUGUAAGAGUUGAUGAGGACAUUUCAAGCAAAUUAAUGUGUGCGCACAGCUCUUUCCAUGCUGCAGUGCUGAUGAUGCUGGGAUGGCAUGUCUUAUUCUAACAUAAUGAUCAUAUAUAUUCUCAUACAUAUAUUGUUAUAGGGUUGGAAUCUAUGAAUCUUGUACUUGAACAAGGUAAAUAAUUAUCGUGUCUUUUUCUUA